CGUCCCGCGGCUCAUGGAGCCGGCGGAGCGGGAGGGCGGCGGGGACCCCCCGGAGCCCGGCGGGCUUCCCGGGCCGGGCCCGCGGUCCUUCGUCCCGCAGAAGGAGAUCGUCUACAACAAGCUGCUGCCCUACGCCGAGCGCCUGGACGCCGAGUCCGACCUGCAGCUGGCCCAGAUCAAAAGCAACCUGGGCCGGGCCGUGCAGCUGCAGGAGCUGUGGCCCGGGGGCCUCUUCUGGACCAGGAAGCUCUCUACAUAUAUUCGACUUUAUGGGAGAAAAUUUAGCAAAGAAGAUCAUGUUCUUUUUGUCAAGUUAUUGUAUGAGCUGGUAUCAAUUCCAAAACUGGAAAUCAGCAUGAUGCAGGGAUUUGCCCGUCUCUUGAUCAACUUGUUAAAGAAAAAGGAACUUCUUUCAAGAGAUGAUUUGGAGUUACCUUGGAGACCACUUUAUGACAUGGUGGAAAGAAUAUUGUAUUCCAAGACAGAGCACCUAGGAUUAAAUUGGUUUCCUAAAAACAUUGUUUCCUUCAUCUUGAGAGAUUACAAGAAUCACAAAAGGUCACUAUACAGAUAUCACAGUUCUGUAGAAAAUGUUCUCAAAACACUCGUGAAAAGCUGCCGACCAUAUUUUCCAGCAGAUUCGACAGCUGAGAUGCUAGAAGAAUGGCGGCCUUUAAUGUGCCCUUUUGAUGUAACAAUGCAAAAGGCCAUCACUUAUUUUGAACUAUUUCUUCCUACCUCCCUUCCUCCAGAAUUGCAUUAUAAAGGUUUUAAACUUUGGUUUGAUGAGUUAAUUGGCCUUUGGGUUUCAGUGCAAAAUCUCCCACAGUGGGAGGGGCAACUAGUAAAUCUCUUUGCACGAUUGGCUACAGAUAAUAUAGGGUACAUAGAUUGGGAUCCAUAUGUACCAAAGAUAUUUACAAGAAUUUUGAGAAGCUUGAACCUCCCAGUGGGAAGUAGUCAAGUGUUAGUCCCAAGAUUUUUAACAAACGCUUAUGAUAUAGGACAUGCUGUAAUAUGGAUCACCGCUAUGAUGGGUGGACCAAGUAAACUAGUGCAAAAGCACUUGACUGGUUUGUUUAACAGCAUCACAUCUUUUUACCAUCCUUCAAAUAAUGGGCGCUGGCUGAACAAGUUAAUGAAACUACUUCAGCGGUUGCCAAACAGUGUUGUUCGAAGAUUGCAUCGUGAAAGAUACAAGAAGCCUUCUUGGUUAACUCCUGUGCCUGAUAGCCAUAAGCUUACUGAUCAAGAUGUUACAGACUUUGUACAAUGCAUUAUUCAACCUGUCCUCUUGGCUAUGUUUAGCAAAACUGGUAGUUUAGAAGCAGCCCAGGCUCUGCAGAACCUUGCACUCAUGAGACCUGAGUUAGUAAUACCCCCUGUACUUGAAAGAACAUAUCCUGCACUAGAGACUUUAACAGAACCUCAUCAGCUCACAGCUACUUUAAGCUGUGUAAUUGGAGUCGCCCGCAGUUUGGUAUCAGGGGGCAAAUGGUUUCCUGAAGGUCCAACACAUAUGCUACCUCUGUUGAUGAGAGCGUUGCCUGGGGUGGAUCCAAAUGACUUUAGUAAAUGCAUGAUUACAUUCCAGUUUAUAGCAACAUUUUCCACUCUGGUGCCUUUAGUAGACUGUUCAUCUGUACUCCAGGAGCGAGAUGACUUCACCGAGGUGGAAAGAGAACUGUGUUCAGCCACUGCUGAAUUUGAGGACUUUGUCUUACAGUUUAUGGACAGAUGCUUUGGACUUAUUGAAAGUAGCACAUUGGAGCAAACAAGAGAAGAGACAGAAACUGAGAAAAUGACUCACUUGGAGAGUUUAGUCGAAUUAGGUCUGUCUUCUACAUUUAGUACAAUCCUCACACAAUGUUCCAAAGAAAUAUUUAUGGUAGCCCUUCAGAAGGUUUUUAAUUUUUCGAUUUCACAUAUAUUUGAAACAAGAGUGGCGGGCCGUAUGGUAGCAGACAUGUGCCGUGCUGCUGUAAAGUGCUGCCCAGAGGAAUCUUUGAAGCUAUUUGUUCCCCACUGCUGCAGUGUUAUAACUCAGCUUACAAUGAAUGAUGAUGUAUUAAAUGAGGAAGAGCUAGACAAGGAGUUACUAUGGAAUCUUCAACUUUUGUCUGAGAUUACUCGAGUGGAUGGAAAGAAGUUGCUUCUUUAUAGGGAGCAACUUGUAAAGAUUCUCCAAAGAACCCUACAUUUAACCUGUAAGCAGGGUUACACUCUGUCCUGCAACCUUUUGCAUCACCUCCUUCGUUCUACCACACUCAUCUACCCUACAGAAUACUGCAGUGUGCCGGGUGGCUUCGACAGGCAUCUCUCUGAAUACUUUCCUAUCAAGGACUGGGGUAAACCGGGGGACCUCUGGAAUCUGGGAAUCCAGUGGCAUGUUCCUUCUUCCAAUGAGGUGGCGUUUGCCUUCUUUCUGUUGGACUCUUUUCUUCAGCCUGAACUCAUCAAACUCCAGCAGUGUGGGGAUGGAGAAAUCGAAAUGUCUAGAGAUGAUGUUCUACAGAGUCUGACUAUAGUGCAUAACUGUUUAAUUGGCUCAGGAAACCUCCUACCUCCAUUGAAAGGAGAGCCAGUUGCUAACUUGGUUCCAAGUAUGGUGUCCUUAGAAGAGACAAAGUUGUAUACUGGACUUGAAUAUGAUUUAUCCAGAGAGAACCACCGAGAAGCCAUCGCUAGAGUCAUAAGGAAACUUCUUAACCACAUACUUAAUAAUUCAGAAGAUGACACCAAGUCAUUGUUUCUUAUCAUAAAGAUUAUUGGAGACCUUUUGCAGUUCCAAGGAUCUCACAAGCAUGAAUUUGACUCCCGUUGGAAAAGCUUUAACCUAGUAAAGAAAUCAAUGGAAAAUCGGCUCCAUGGGAAAAAACAACAUAUUAGAGCACUGUUGAUUGACAGAGUAAUGUUGCAGCAUGAGCUACGAACACUAACUGUUGAAGGUUGUGAGUACAAAAAGGUACAUCAAGAUAUGAUCAGAGAUCUUCUUCGUUUAUCUACAAGUUCAUACAGUCAGGUCAGAAAUAAGGCUCAGCAAGCAUUUUUUUCUGCCUUGGGAGCAUAUAACUUCUGCUGCAGAGAUAUCAUUCCCUUGGUUUUGGAGUUUUUACGACCUGACAGACAAGAUGUCACACAACAGCAGUUCAAGGGUGCCUUGUAUUGUCUCCUUGGAAAUCACAGUGGUGUAUGCUUGGCAAACCUUCAUGAUUGGGACUGUAUUGUACAGACUUGGCCAGCAAUUGUUUCUUCUGGUCUUAGCAAAGCCAUGUCCCUGGAAAAACCAUCAAUAGUGAGACUAUUUGAUGACCUGGCAGAAAAGAUUCAUCGUCAGUAUGAAACAAUUGGCUUGGACUUCACAAUUCCCAAGUCAUGUGUUGGAAUAGCAGAAUUACUUCAACAAUCAAAAAACCCCUCUACCAACCAGAUAAUGCCUAGCUUAGAAGAAAUAAAAGAAGGACUUAGACGCCAACAAGUAAAGAAUGCUGAUGCCCUAAGGAACUAUGAAAAUUUGGUAAACACUUUGCUAGAUGGUGUGGAACAGAGAAAUCUGCCCUGGAAAUUUGAGCAUAUAGGCAUUGGGCUUCUGUCUCUACUCUUGAGAGAUGACCGAGUAUUACCUCUUCGUGCCAUACGUUUUUUUAUUGAGAAUCUCAACCAUGAUGCAAUUGUAGUUCGAAAGAUGGCAAUCUCAGCUGUUGCUGGUAUUCUUAAGCAGCUAAAAAGAACCCAUAAAAAGCUGACCAUCAACCCCUAUGAAAUCAGCGGAUACCCUAAAUCCACCCAAAUCCUUGCUGGUGAUAGGCCUGAUAAUCAUUGGUUGCAUUAUGAUAGCAAAAGUAUACCAAAAACUAAAAAAGAAUGGGAGUCAAGUUACUUUGUGGAAAAAACUCACUGGGGAUACUACACCUGGCCACAGAAUAUGGUUGUUUAUGCUGGUGUGGAAGAACAGCCCAAGCUUGGCAGGAGCAGGGAGGAUUUGACAGAGGCAGAACAGAUCAUAUUUGAUCAUUUUUCUGAUCCUAAGUUUGUUGAACAGUUAAUUACUUUUCUAUCUUUAGAAGACAGAAAAGGAAAAGAUAAAUUUAAUCCUCGACGUUUUUGCCUCUUUAAGGGUAUAUUCAGAAAUUUUGAUGAUGCCUUUUUGCCAGUGCUGAAGCCCCAUUUAGAACGUUUGGUUGCAGAUUCACAUGAAAGCACCCAGCGAUGUGUUGCAGAAAUUAUAGCUGGUUUAAUCAGAGGUUCUAAGCAUUGGACAUUUGAAAAGGUGGAGAAGCUUUGGGAACUUCUGUGUCCUCUGCUUAGAACAGCGCUGUCCAACAUCACAGUAGAAACUUACAACGACUGGGGAACCUGUAUAGCAACGUCCUGCGAAAGCAGAGAUCCCCGGAAACUUCAUUGGCUUUUUGAGCUGCUGUUGGAAUCACCAUUGAGUGGUGAAGGUGGCUCCUUUGUAGAUGCAUGUCGGCUCUAUGUACUGCAAGGUGGCCUUGCCCAGCAAGAGUGGAGAGUGCCUGAGCUAUUGCACAGACUGUUGAAGUACUUGGAACCCAAACUCACCCAGGUUUACAAAAAUGUCAGGGAAAGAAUAGGGAGUGUGCUGACCUACAUAUUCAUGAUAGAUGUUUCUUUGCCAAACACCGCGCCAACAGCAUCCCCUCGUGUUCCUGAGUUUACUGCUCGAAUUUUAGAGAAAUUGAAACCCCUCAUGGAUGUAGAUGAAGAAAUUCAGAACCAUGUCAUGGAAGAAAAUGGAAUUGGUGAAGAAGAUGAACGAACUCAGGGCAUUAAACUCUUAAAAACUAUAUUGAAAUGGCUGAUGGCGAGUGCAGGAAGAUCCUUCUCUACAGCAGUCACAGAACAACUUCAGCUUUUACCUUUGUUUUUUAAGAUUGCCCCAGUGGAAAACGACAAUAGCUACGAUGAACUGAAAAGAGAUGCAAAGUUAUGUUUAUCACUAAUGUCUCAGGGGUUGCUUUACCCUCAUCAAGUGCCUUUGGUACUUCAGGUGCUAAAACAAACAGCAAGAAGCAGUUCUUGGCAUGCUAGAUACACAGUGCUGACCUACCUCCAGACCAUGGUAUUUUACAACCUCUUUAUUUUCCUAAACAAUGAAGAUGCAGUUAAAGGUAUCAGGUGGCUGGUCAUAAGUCUUCUGGAGGAUGAACAGCUGGAGGUUCGAGAAAUGGCUGCAACCACCUUAAGUGGUCUGUUACAGUGUAACUUCCUUACCAUAGACAGUCCUAUGCAGAUUCAUUUUGAACAACUUUGCAAAACAAAACUACCGAAGAAAAGAAAGCGAGACCCUGGUUUCGUAGGAGAUACGAUUCCUUCUGCAGGUAACAAUACUGAGUUGGUCAAACGCCAUGCUGGGGUGCUAGGACUUGGUGCAUGUGUUCUUUCUAGUCCUUACGACGUUCCCACCUGGAUGCCCCAGCUCCUUAUGAAUCUGAGUGCACAUCUGAAUGACCCUCAGCCUAUUGAGAUGACUGUAAAGAAGACUUUAUCCAAUUUCCGAAGGACGCACCAUGACAACUGGCAGGAACACAAACAGCAGUUCACCGACGACCAGCUGCUUGUUCUCACCGAUCUCCUGGUGUCACCGUGCUACUAUGCAUAGGAGGAGGGAGGACCCAGAAGCCUUUCUACUGGGAUAGGAAGAAUAAAGAAAAAUUCACUUAUUGAGCUUGACUGAAAUUUUUUUCCUCUCUGAUACAGGUGAGUAGUCCUCACUUCAAGCUCUUUUCAUCAAAAAUUCCAGAUCCUCAGGUACCAUCUGUGGUGGCUCGCUGCUGGUUUUAACUCUCUGCCUUUGUCGAGCUCUCAUCAUUUUGGUGGUCUCUGUUUAGUCUCAUUAGUCUGUGUUCCACAGGUUCUCAGCUGCCAUUUGAUUUCCUAACUUGUCCGGAACUGUUUCCAGAAUAUUGAUCACUUUUUCUUUGAGGCAUCUGACAAAACCACAAUGUCUCAGACUAGAAACAAUUACCCAAUAUGAUCAUGGCAUCCAAGACCAGACUGAGUCUAGGAACUCAUUAAGAAACAGUUUACUUGGAAUGGAGAAUACCCAUCUGUAAAACAGGUCCUCUCAUUUCAUUCAUCUCAAAUUAUUUUGAAUUCUUUCCAAAUGGCUGUUGGGUUUAGAUGGGAGUAGGGCUGUGGGCCAUAAAUCUGAAGCUUGGAGAGCCAGGAAGAUGGAAGGAAGAGAGGAUAGGUCUGGAACCAGCCAAGGACCUGAUGGAUUCUUGACAAGACACAAAAGUGAAGCCGGUGUCCACCACGCGCCUCCCACAGACUGGAGUUUCUGGUGCUGAAGAGAAGACUAACUGUGGGAAAACUGGGGGUUUGGUGAAUACAUUUUUGAUGGAUUGUUGUGUGUGUAUACAAUGUAUGAUUUUGAAAAUAAACAUCAACAACAAUAAACACCCUGACUGGUUGAUUUACCUGUAUUCUUUACAAAUAUUGUUUGACCCACUUUUAAAACUGUUAUAUUUCACCUAAUAGAAGAUUGCUGUGUUUGCAAAAAUUCUGUAAUUUCUUUCUGAUUUUUUUUUUGCCUGCAGAAUCGUUGAGAGACUAAGAAGUCUUGAUAUUUAAUUGCCUUGUUUAAUAAAUGUUAUAUAGAUGUAAAGGACUGUAUAAAUUGUAGGGAUAGCUUUGGCAAGACUUUGUACAGAUGCAACCAUUUACACAACACCAUUGUGUAAUUAAUUUGUAAAAUUCACAUGUAGCUCUUUAUUAUAGUGAUUUUGGCUUUUGUAUCAAAUUGAAUGCCAUUUUUUGCAUUUUUAAAUUAUUUUCAUGUUACAAAAGCUGAGGUGUGGGGUUUUGUUUGAGUUCAUUAAUGUUAGAAUGUCUGAAUUUUUAUGUAACUUUUUUGUGUGCAUCUCAAUGCAAACGCCACGUUUGCCUUUGACAAGUUUAUAGAAUGCAAGGUAUCUUCUAGACAAAAAAAAAAGUAAUUCACAAGUUUGUGAAUGUCAUCUUGCAACACACUCUGUACAGUCUUCCUUAAAGGAACACUACGGUAUAUUUUUUAGAAUCUACUUGAUGAAUGACUCAAUGCAGACCUAAGCACAGCAGAGGUCCUGGUACAGAUCAGCACACACAGGCAUAGCCCCUGUAUAGAGUAGUGCCAAACUGACUAUUUCAUUGUGUACCUAGUUUAAAACCCAAUAAAUGAAUUGUUUUUAA